CGGGCCGAGAAUACGGGAAAACAAGGAAGCAGACUGAGGGCUUGAUGAAGUUCUGUAGCUAGAAAACAAGUCAAUAAAAUACUGUAGCUAUUUGUAUAGUCUAUCACUACCGCAAAAUGAGCAUUUAUUUGGAAAUAUAGUAUUACGUUGAUGUCACUUAUUAUUUUGCGUCCAGCAAUAAUACAGGUGAGAGGUAAUGUUUAUUUAGCUAGCAAGCUAUGCCAGCUCAUCAGGGGUGUAUUCAUUCCGCCAAAUCUGUUAUAAAACGUGUUUUAAACGGAAGCAAACUUAACGAAACGGGGAGGGACCUACCUGAAUUUGUCGAAUAGAACCAAUCGUUUUGCUCUGUUUGCUUUCGUUUGGUUAUUAAAUGGUAAACGGUUUCCGUGAUGAAUACACCCCUGUUGAAUGUAGCUAGCUAGCUAACGCGACUGUCAAUAACACGGCCCGGUUUCCCAAAAAACAUCUUAAGGCUAACUUUAUCGUUAGAACCUUCGUAGGAGCGUCGUUAAAUCUCCGAGCUGUUUCACAAAACCAUCGUUAUUAACGUUGCACUUAAACGCUUGUAGAUGCUUUUCUGCCCUCCCGCGUCACUUUAUACACAGAAGAUCUCUGCUAAACAUAAAAUCACAUGGUUCUCUGUGACCACGUAUAACUUCAGAACAAAGUCGACUACAAAUACGUAGUUGCCAAUAUCUUUGCAAUUGAUACAAACAGGCAACGUAUAAAAAGUUGAUUCAAAUUAAAACCGAGGUGACUGCAUUAACAUAUAAAUACAGGAGACUAUAGGCCUAUUUCAAUCAUAUUGCAAUGCAUUUAAUGUUGAAUAAAUUAUAUUUUGCUACCUGUAGGCUACAUACUGUCUGUAAUUUGUCUCAAUAUAAUUUAUGUAGCCUAACAUGUGCGCAAUGUGGCAAAUCUUAAUUUAGUACAUUAUUAUAGUGUAAGAAUUAGAAUAGCCGCCUCAAUAUUUGCAGUCAUAGGUGAUAGUGUCUUUCUAGGAGCUGAUCCGUCGUCAGCAUUGUGGAAUAAUUAUAAUGUUAAGGUAAGAUUUAAAUGGAGAAAGCUGAUCCGAGAGCAGCGUUGCAUUUCUUUCGAUCCUAUCAGUAUCGACACAUGCCUCAACGACGCAAUUAUAGAGAACGUUCUCUCUGCGUGGUGUUUUGGGAAGCGUAGGCUAUGUUACAUUUUCGGCCUUUGUAGGAAUUAUGCAUCUUUAAAACACUCGUAAGCGAGCAUAAAUUCCAGCGCUAUCGGGAAACCGGGCCCAUUCAUUACGUCUUACAACGGAAACCGUUUACCGUGUAAGAACCAAACUGAAGCAAACAGUGCAAACGCUUUGCACAAACUUUGACUCAUCACAUACGCUGCUGCUACUGUUAUUUAUUCCUAGUUAUAUGUACAUAUACAGUAUACCUCAAUUACCUCGUACCCUGCACAUCGACUCGGUACUGGUACCCGUAUAUAGCCAAGUUAUCGUUACUCAUUGUGUAGUCAUUAUUACGUCUUUUACUUUCCUAUUAUUUCUCUAUUUUUUUUUCUCUACAUUGUUGGGAAGAGCACGUAAUUAAGCAUUUCACUGUUAGUCCACACCAGUUUUUUACGAAGCAUGUGACAAAUGUCUGUUUGGAGUAUUUAACGGUUUCUGUUGCAAAACGUUUUGCAACAGACGAAACGUUUUGCAACAGAAUCGUAACGAAUACACCUCUGUUGUGCAGUGCCUAGCCUCCAAGUUGUGUGAGUGUAGCGACUAGCUAGUUACUCUGUCUGUACAGUACUUAGCUAGCUAUAGCUACCACAUAUAGCUUUCUGGACACUAAAUUGUAUGGUGUAAAUGAGUUGCCAUGUUAUUUGAAUGCCAUUCAAGUUGUCGCCUUCUCAAUCCUGACACAGCCCCUGUCUUGUAAUGAUGCCUGCACGCAGCACUGUUGCUGGUGGUGUGGUAUCCAGUAACAAAGUUAAGUACUCAAGACUAGCUGGCGAUGAGGAUGGCUACAUUGACUUGCAGGUGAGACACAGACAACCUGAUGUUGCACUACAUGCAUAUCUCUAACCUCCCAACCACCUAUAGUUGAGCCCUUUUGGGUAAUCUCUAGCUCUGUCAUAUCACAUAUCAUUGUAAUCUGUGGUCGUCUUGGUUAUUAUGAAUCCAAUCUUUUUACCUUUUAUACCAAACAGUUCAAGAAAAGCCCUCCCAAAGUUCCCUACAAGGCUAUUGCCCUGGCUACAUUCCUCUUCCUGAUUGGCUCCUUACUGAUUGUAAUCGGCGCCCUUCUCCUUGCAGGAUCCAUAGAAGUUUCGGUGAGUAGCUCACAGACGUGCAUACACUAUAUGGCCAAAAGUAUAUGGACACCUGCUUGUCUAACAUCUCAUUCCAAAAUCAUGGGCAUUAAUAUGGAGUUGGACCUCCCUUUGCUGCUAUGACAGCCUCCACUCUUCUGGGAAGGCUUUCUACUAGAUGUUGGAAUGUUGCUGCGGGGACUUGCUUCCAUUCAGCCACAAGAGCAUUAGUGAGGUCAGGGACUGAUGUUGGGCGAUUAGGCUUGGGUCGUUUCGGCGUUCCAAUUUAUCACAAAGAUGCUCGAUGGGGUUGAGGUCAGGGCUCUGUGCAGGCCAGUCAAGUUCUUCCACACCGAUCUCGACAAAUCAUUUCUGUAUGGACCUCGCUUUGUGCAUGGGGGCAUUGUCAUGCUGAAGCAGGAAAGGGUCUUCCCCAAACUGUUGUCACAAAGUUGAAAGCACAGAAUCGUCUAGAAUGUCAUUGUAUGCUAUAGCGUUAAGAUUUCCCUUCACUGGAACUAAGAGGCCUAGCCCAAACCAUGAAAAACAGCCCCAGACCAUUAUUCCUCUUCCACCAAACUUUACAGUUGGCACUAUGCAUUCGGGCAGGUAGCGGUCUCCUGGCAUCUGCCAAAUCCAGAUGUGUCUGUCGGAUUGCCAGAUGGUGAAGCAUAAUUGAUUAAUCCAGAGAACACGUUUCCACUGCUCUAGAGUCCAAUGGCGACGAGCUUUACACCACUGCAGCCAAAGUUUGGCAUUGCGCAUGGUGAUCUCAGGCUUGUGUGUGGCUGCUCGGCCAUGGAAACCCAUUUCAUGAAGCUCCCAACAAACAGUUCUUGUGCUGACGUUUCUUCCAGAGGCAGUUAGGAUGGAGCCACGUUGAAAGUCACUGAGCUCUUCAGUACGGGCUAUUCUACUGCCAAUGUUUGUCUAUGGAGAUUGCAUGGCUGUGUGUUCAAUUUUAUAAAAAUGUCAGCAACGGAUGUGGCUGAAAUGGAAGAAUCCACUAAUUUGAAGAGGUGUCCACAUACAUAUACACUACAAUGGUGCCCUUUGGUGGAAUGAUAUCCUGACUUUGGCUUUAAAGAAACAAUCAGCAGCAACAUCACCUACAGUACCACAGUACUACAGUAUUAUGUGAUGACUUUGAAAUUGUCAUCUGACAAUAGCCAAAAUCCAUCAAAGCCAAAGGAAAUAAAUACCAGUGCUUGACUUGGGCCGGAGCUGUCCGUAACGCCGUACCAGCACUUCUAAUUUUUUGGAAAUUGCGCCCGGCUCCUCUAUAAAAACAAAGUAGCCUAUCGCUGGCCCAGAUUUACACAUCGAAGCAAAAAAGGUUGAUCAAAGCGGAAUGAAGGUGGGAUCUUAAUUGAAUAGCAAUGGAAAGUGGGCAUUCAUUUCCUGAUUCCGCUUUGUUCAAGUUUAUUUGCCGCUAGUCUGCGAAUCUGUGAGUGACAGUAGGUAUAAAAUAAUGACACGCAGACUAACUAGAUCACCAAUUCAAAACAUAACUCAUAGCAGUUAUCUCGCUAGUUAACUAUAGCUAACUAAGCAUUAAUUUCGCUGUUACCUUUCCACCAGCUCUGUAGAGCCUAAAUACAUCUGCACUGUUGGAAUGCUGGGAUUCCCCACUAUUACACAGUAGCCAUGUAAUUGCGGCAACGUAAAAAAUAUUGUAAGAAUAGCCUAAUUGACAAAUAACUUGCUGUGUAUAAACAUGUCUAAUUAGAUACAUUGCUUUUAAGUAUCAUACCUUAUCCAUUUGAUCCCUGAUUUAUUGAAUGAGGGAAUAAUUUUAUAGUCCCGUGUAGCUCAGUUGGUAGAGCAUGGCGCUUGCAACGCCAGGUUUGUGGGUUCGAUUCCCACGGGGGACCAGUAUGCACUCACUUAUUGUAAGCCACUCUGGAUAAGAGCGUAUGCUAAAUGACUAAAAUGUAAAUAAAGACAAAAGUAUUUGGUUGUAAUGUUGAAAAAGCCAAUCCUACACACCCAGGAGCUCUCCAGAUGGAGGGUUGACCACAUGUUGUCAACAUGUGACUAACAGUGCAGUUCUGUGUGUGGUGCUAAGUGCCUUGAUCAAGGGCACAACGGCAGGAGGUGGUAGGUCUACAUGGGAUCAGACACAGCAGCUUUCCAGUGUCAAUAAUGCUUACUUUUUCAUGUAGGCUAUAAUAAUAGUCAUGAAAAUUUGGUUAAAAGUCGCGGAGAAGUCAUGGAAAAUGUGUAUAAACCGUUAACAGUGAAUAAUCAGAGGUCUCUAUAGCAUAAUGUCAUUUGUGAAUUUCGGUGAACAUAGUCUAAUGGACCGACUUGGAAAAAGACAGCUCCUGCACUGCUUCCAUCCCAAGUCAAGAACUGUACAAUACUAUACAAGCAUUUCGCUACACCCGCAAUAACAUCUGCUAAAUAUGUGUAUGUGACCAAUAAAAUUGGAUUUGAUUAAAAUGUAAUUGUAAAAGACAAUGGCAGGUUAUUCAUUGCUUUCCUCUUCAGGAACAUCCUAAAGGGGAUCAAUGUAUCAGGUCUCCUAUGUUCCUCCACCACCUGGUUGAUUGAGCUUGAGGUGUACUCCUUUCCUGGGUGUCCGUGCAUUUCACAUUCCCCACCCAUGUAGAUCAGUGAGCAUUCAAUUCAAGAUAUUUCAAGAGGAUUCUCAUCUCAACCGUAUGUGUGCAUAACAUUAAAAACAAACCCCUAAAUUGAAACAGAUUUACAUAAUUGCAUGCCAUGAAACAUGUAGUCCUGUAUGGGGUCAUUAGUGUCCAUUUCCAGCACACUCCCUCUAGUGUGACAUCACUUGGACGAUAAAUGCUGUGUGUGUUGACUGGCCAUGUGGAGAUCUGUGUGCCUAAGUAGUACUUCUUCUUACAGCCCUGCCUCCUCAGAGGGUUGUAGUAUGGUGUUGUAUGAUACAUAUGUGCCAUAUUGUCAUUUGAUGGAUAAAGAGUGCCUGUCUUUGUGUUUUUUUAUCUGUGAAAGAUACUGACACAUAGGCUAAUUCGUUAAUCAGGCACAGAUGGUGAUACAUAGACUAAAUAGGCACUUCUUUUUCAGCACCCGGACCGUACAGUUCCAGUCCUCAUUAUUGGGAUCCUCGUCUUCCUUCCUGGAUUCUACCAUUUACGAAUCGCCUACUACGCCUCCAAGGGUUACCGCGGAUACUCCUAUGACGACAUUCCAGACUUUGACGACUGAGCCAUCAUUUUCCCUCUGAGCUGCAUGAGACUGUUUAACCUUGAGGAUCUCCCAGACUGAGAAACAGCAUCACCAAGUGGCUUAUCUUUACUCUCUUGAUUGUAUUGAAUAUCACACGUCUGCAAUUUGACUGUGGCUUUAAACGUAAGAAUAUUUAUUACUGAUAGAGUAUUAUAGAUUACGCAAGAGUAUUUAACAUGUGCAAGGCCUGUUAUAUAUUUCUGUCUUGACUAUCUGUUUGUAAUGCUCUCUAAAGAUGUGUGAUUGGUUGUAAAAGAGACUAUCCAGUUUACGUUACAUAUUUAUGAUAAUAAUAAAAGAAAAUAAACAAUCCAAUGGCAUGGCAUUAUGUACAAAUGUUUUUUUUGUAUCUUUGUUUUUGAUUAAAAUAGGAAAAAUUAUACACU